GUUAUUUAUUUUUUUGUGCAAGUGUUGUGAAGAUGAAAAGUGGGCUGUUCCGCGCUGUGAUUCUUGGCGCCCCGGGUUCAGGGAAAGGCACCAUUUCCGAAAGAAUCGUGAAGAUUUUCAAGAUGAAGCACUUUUCCAGUGGCGACAUGUUGAGAAGUCAGAUGAGUGCGAAAACAGCUCUGGGUUUGCAUGCCAAAGAGUUUAUUGACAGAGGCCAACUUGUGCCUGAUGACUUGAUUUUGCAACUUGUUUUGGCAGAACUCAGGAAUGCUCAACAAGAAAGUUGGCUCUUGGAUGGUUUUCCUCGGACCCAUCACCAAGCCGAGUCUUUGUGGAAAGAAUUUCCGAUUGACACAGUGAUAAACCUGAACGUUCCAUUUGAAACAAUUGUGGAUAGACUGAAAGCUCGUUGGGUCCAUUUACCCUCUGGGAGGAUUUACAAUCUGGAAUUCAAUCCUCCAAAAGAACCAGGAAUUGAUGACAUCACCGGAGAACCAUUGGCGCAACGGAUCGACGACCAGCCGGAAACUGUUCUUACCAGAUUGAAGAUUUAUGCAGACACAGUUGCUCCGAUUGUGGAAUUCUUCCGGGCAAAAGGAGUCGUGUCUGAUUUUGCUGGCAAGGAAACCAACGUUAUUUGGCCAAACGUUGAGCAGAAUUUGCGAGCACUUUUUUCGCGAAGUGCCUCAAGUGUAAAAAAAUGAAUGAGGUGGUCGGAAGACUUUAUAUAGUGAUAAUACGUGAGCUCAGUCCGUGUACAAGUUUUUGUUUUUUUUCCUGAGCUCAGGAUGAUUUUUGUAGUGAUACCGUGUUUAUUGCUGGUGCUCAACUUGGGGAGGUAUUAGUGACUGAAAUUCCGCGGAAAUUUCGCAUUCCUUGAGACAGAUGAUUUUUUCGAGAGCUUCCCAGCUUGGGCAAUUUUCUCAGCUGUUGUGGAUUUUACUGUUCGUACAUUUGUAUAUACUGUAAGGUUUUAUGGACUUGUUGAAUGAAUAAAUGCGCAUGAAUUCCUGGGAGUAGUUUGGAG